CCGACAGUCUGUGAAAGUUAUGUGUAUUGAUAAAAAACACCUGAUCCGUGCCGCUGUUCAUUGGUUUGUUCCAUUUUUGCGUUCACCGCGGUUUUUUUCAUCUCAUCACUCGGAAAGCACUGUGAAUUCGUUUCGAGAAUUGAGUAGAUAUACGUACCACAUAAGAAACACCUCAUAUGAAGUGCAGCAAUGUCUAUCCAGCAAUUACCUCACGGAGUUAUCAAACAAAUCAGUAGUGCUCAAGUCAUCAAUUCAAUUUCGUCUGCUGUGAAAGAACUGCUGGAAAAUGCCCUCGAUGCCGGAGCAACGGUGAUCGAUAUUAAGCUGGAAAGAAAUGGAUUGGAUAAGAUUGAAAUACGCGACAACGGCGCGGGGAUCGGAACCGAGGAUAUGAAUUACGUUUGUUUACCUCAUUAUACAUCGAAAAUUCGUAAUUUCGACGAGUUGGAACGUCUGCACAGCUACGGAUUUCGCGGCGAAGCUCUUCAUAGUUUGUGCGCCGUAUCCCAGCUCUCAAUUACCACUAAGACUGAGCACGAUGACGUAGCGUCAACCUAUAUCUUCGACAAUAACGGAACAGUUCGCGAUGUUAAACCUUCUCAUCAAAUGAUCGGCACUGUUAUUACGGCCACGAAUUUGUUUAAAAACAUUCCGGUUAGAAGACAAUUUUACGAAAGCACUCGAAAAGCCGCCGAAGAGUUGAAGAAAGUAGAAAAAGUAGUGAAACAUUUGUCCAUCAUACAUCCCAAACUACGAGUAACGUUGGCUCAUAAUAAAUGUUUGAUUUGGCACAAAACAUCCGUGUAUUCGGUGAGACAGUCCUUGAUGCAAGUUUAUCCGAGUGCGGUAUUGAAAAAUUUGAAGGAUGUGCAGUGUAGUUUUGGUAAUAUAUCCAUUGAAAUGUUAAUCGCGAAUAGAGAUUGUAAUUUGCCAGUAUUGCUACAGCCCAUCAACGAAGCUGUUUUGUUUUAUAUUAACCAACGUCCGGUGAAAGAUAAGAAAAUCGAGAAGGUGGUAUUCGAAGAGAUGAGCCAUUUAUACGCUUCCACGUUACCGAUUAAUAAGUGCCCGUUGACCUUGUUAUCGUUGAAAUUACCACCGGAAUCGUUGGACGUCAACCUGGAACCUAAUAAAACUAAAGUUUUCAUCAAAGAUCACGACGAAGUACUGAAAAGAGUCAGAGAAACGAUAAUGCGACAUUUUUACGAACAAUCCACCGGGAAUGAUAUGAAAUCUUUGUUACUCGAUGAUGAUGAGCUGCUAAAUCCCUCGAAGAAACCCAGACUACAAGAGGAAAAUGAUAGUCUGCCCGACAACGGUGAUCUAGGCGUUUCGCAAAUGCGAAGCAUAAUCAUCGAAAAAUCUAACGCAAGUAGCGAAACAGCGGUAAAAGAAUUAGCCGAUAUUAAUCUACCGCUUCUGGUUGAACCUGUAAUUUCGCUUUCUACCUCGACGAAUGAAAAACAGGACGGUACUUUUGAUCUAAAUAAUCGCCCAGAUUCGAGCUCCGCUUCAAACGAUAAAUCAGUUCCAUAUUCGAAUCGCGGUAUUUUCAACUCGACGUCAGCCCGGAGAACUGAUUUGUUACUGGAAAACGAUAGCUCGAGAAUUUCGAACGGUCAUCGAACAAAUAGUUUUUGUACGAAUUUACGCGAUAAUACAUUAUCAUCAUCGUUAGUAGCUGGCAGUUUGAACAACAACGACGAGAAGGCGAACGUCGAACGGUCAUCUUUGGAAAGAGAAAACAGACCGCUGGUUGCAUGCGAUUCGAUUAAUAGCGUUGCCAAAUCAAAUCAUUCGAAUUGCGACAAACCAUUGUGGUCCAUCUUUGCAAAAGAAGAUGGUGCAAAAAAACCAAACGAUUUGGAACUAAGCGCCGAUUCUAUUACCCCGUCCCAAUGGAGCAAAGGACACGUUACUAUUGCUGACGAACCGUUGAAAGGUGGUGUCAUUCUAUUCAACGGUUCGAACAGUUCUGAUCGUAGAGCAGCUGCUGAGAACGAAUCUGAAAAUAAUACAAAUUCCAAUGGUGGCGCUAAAUAUAAAGAUGCGAAUACCAUCGAGAGUAGCGAAGAAGGACGUAAGGACUUGGCUGGUUUUUCAAAUUUUGCUCAUCGAGUUCGAUCUGAAAUAAUCAAAGAGAAACCAGGCGCGUCAUUUGCGGUGGUAGCUAGAGAAUUAGCCAAUCGCUGGGGCGAAUUUCGUGACGAUAAGAAGAAAGAUUACGCGGAAGAUUCUAUUAAAAUGAAGCAAAAAUCGAUUACCGAUUUUAAAAUAAAGGAGACGUUUAAAAGGAAAACGUUGGCGCUGGCGAUCUCAGCCAAUAAAAUCCUCGAAGAAAUGAAACUACCCGGACGUCUGUGCCAACGUUCGACGGGAAACAAGAUUACCUUAAUAGGACUGUUGGAAAAUGAUACGAGAUGGCUGUUUAAAUUAAACGACGAUGUCGGCAUCGUGGAUGUUGGUCAUUUACGAGAAAACGUGUUACUGCAUCGUUACAUUUGCAAUUCCGGUGUACCGUUGAAGCAGUUGGACGAACCGGUUGAAAUCUCUUCGCAAAUUAUCGGCGAAGAUUUGUGGAAUUUUGUUCCAACUUUAGAACAAACCAACGAUUUCGCUGACGAAUCAGUGUCCAUUAUAUCAGAUUGUAGAGUAACGAAGAAUGGAUUCAAAGCGGUUAUUCGAAAAGAAUACGAUUCGUUCAAACUGCUGAUUACCGAAAUCGCGACGGAAACUGGAUUCAACGUGAUCGACAACUUUAUGGAAACGUUGAAGUUGGCGAUGGAAUUUAGAGAUCUCGAACAGUGUCGACCCGAGGCGAUUAAAAAAAUACUUUUGAAUAAAGUGAUAGAAGCGUGCGAACAAAAGUCGGUACCGAAGGAAGCGACCGAAGUAAAGAUGCUGCUGCAGUACUGGGCGCAGUGUAUGUUACAAAAGAAAAUUUGCCCUCACGGUGAACCUAUUUCUAUAAAUCUACACAAGAUAUGAUAUGUGAGUCGUGUUAAUUUCUGUAUACGUAUAAGAAUAACACUAUAAGUAAUACGCGAAUAUGCGUUAUUUAGUAGCCAACUUUUAACUACCUACCUAUUAUUUAUUACGAUAUCGAGUGGAAUUUUUAUCAUA